AGCCGCCUACUAUCGGCUGAACUUCAGGCGAGGCGCAUCUCAAACAAGCUUACUGUGACGCAGACUGACACGAGAAAGUGCAUUCGUGUUCAUAGCUCUCAAAAGAGAAUUUAAAUAAUCUAAAAAUAGAUAAUUUUGUGAAAAAUAUCCUCAGAAAUCAUGCUUUAAGGCUAAUCGAAGCGAAGAGAGAUCGAGACGAACUGGAAAAGUUUGACAUGCACAUGAAAGAACACUUCUGGAAAAUCAAAAGAAAACUUUUCUUUCAUUUACUUUUUCCUUGUCAAUUCGAGGGUGACACAUCAAUCUCACCGGAGCCCAGCUGUGUGUUCAUGAAGAGUGACGUGUCUGUGGGAGAGUCAAUAAACUUUGUGGGAAAACACACAUCAGCUAAUCUGAGUGAACAAUCUAUGGACACUCAAGGAGCAUUUUGGGGAAGACACACAUCAUCUAAUCUGAGUUGUGAUUCUCAACUGGUCCAAAGCACAUUUAAAUCAAAUCUGCUGAAGAAGUUUCAGUGUCUGUUUGAAGGAACAGCAAAGCAGGGAAACCCAACACUCCUGAAUGAGAUCUACACAGAGCUCUACAUCACAGAGAGUGAAAGUGGAGAGAUCAAUAAUGAGCAUGAGGUAAGACAGAUUGAGACACAAUCCAGGAGAGCAGCAACAGAAGACACACCAACCAAAUGCAAUGACAUCUUUAGACCUUUACCUGGACAAGACAAACCCAUCAGAACUGUGCUGACAAAGGGAGUUGCUGGCAUUGGAAAAACAGUCUCUGUGCAGAAGUUCAUUGUGGACUGGGCUGAAGGGAAAGAGAAUCAGGACAUCCAGCUCAUAUUUCCACUUCCUUUCAGAGAGCUCAACUUGAUGAAGGACAAAACACUCAGUCUUUCAGAUCUUCUUCAUGUCUUUUUCCCUGAAACAAAAGAAAUGGAAAUAUCCAGUGAAGAGUAUAAAGUGUUGUUCAUCUUUGAUGGUCUGGAUGAGUGUCGUCUGUCUCUGAACUUUAAGAGCAAAGUGAAAAUGUGUAAUAUAUCUGAAUCAGCCUCAGUGGAUGUGCUGCUGAUGAGCCUCAUUGAGGGGAAUCUGCUUCCCUCUGCUCUCAUCUGGAUCACCUCCAGACCAGCAGCAGCUGAUCUCAUCCCCUCAUCCCCUGAGUGUGUCCAUCGAGUGAUAGAGGUACGAGGCUUCAAUGAGCCACAGCAAGAAAAAUACUUCAGGAAAAGAAUCAGUGAUCAGAGUCUGGCCAAUACAAUCAUCACACACUUGAAGUCAUCAAGGAGCCUCCACAUCAUGUGCCACAUCCCAGUGUUCUGCUGGAUCUCAGCCACUUUUCUAGAGAAGAUGUUGAGUGAAGCAGAAAGUGGAGAGAUUCCCAAGACACUCACUCAAAUGUACACACACUUCCUGCUCAUUCAGACAAACAUCAAACAUGAGAUGGACUAUGAGAAGAAAGUGAAAGAUGAAGACAUGAUUCUCAAACUGGGGAAACUGGCUUUCCAGCAGCUUGUGAAAGGCAACCUGAUCUUCUAUGAGGAAGACCUGAGAGAGUGUGGCAUUGAUGUGACAGAAGCAUCAGUGUACUCAGGAUUGUGCUCUCAGAUCUUCAGAGAGGAGUUUGGCUUGUAUCAGGCGAAAGUCUUCUGCUUUGUUCAUCUGAGCAUCCAGGAACAUCUAGCAGCUCUAUAUGCUCACCGCUCCUUUACAAACAACUGCAAAACACUUAAUCCAUUAUCUGAGCUGCAUCAGAGAGCCCUAAAAAAGGCCUUAAAGAGUAAGAAUGGACAUCUGGACCUUUUCCUACAUUUCCUUCUGGGUCUCUCAUUGGAGUCCAAUCAGACUCUCUUACGAGAACUACUGACACAGACAGGAAGCUGCUCCUACAACAAAAAGGAAACAGUUGAGUACAUCAAACAGAAGAUCAGCGAGAAUCGCUCUCCAGAGAGAUCCAUCAAUCUGUUCCACUGUCUGAAUGAACUAGGUGAUGAUUCACUGAUGCAGGAGAUCCAAGAUUAUCUUAAAUCUGGAGAGAUAGGAGGAACCAAUCUCUCCUCUUUACAGUGGUCAGCUCUGGUUUAUGUGUUGCUGACAUCAGAGCAGAAGAUGGAUGUUUUUGAUCUAAAACAGUUUAUUGGAGCACAAAAUACAGCAAAUGAAGUUCUUCAGAAGCUGCUGCCUGUGGUUAAGGAAUCCAGAUCAGUUCAGUUGGAGAAUUGUGGUGUCACAAAAAAAGGUUGUGCUGCUUUGGCUUCAGCUCUGAGAUCAAACCCCUCACACCUGAGAGAACUGGAUCUGUCAUGGAAUAAACUAAGAGACUCAGGAGUGAAUCUGCUCUCUGAUGGACUGAAGGAUCCUCACUGUAGAUUGGAGAAACUGAAGUUGAGGUAUUGUGGCGUUACAGUUGAAGGUAUUGCUGCUCUGUCUUCAGCUCUGAGAUCAAACCCCUCACAUCUGAAAAAACUGAAUCUGACUGAAAACGAAAUGGGAGAUUUUGGAGUCAAGCAGCUUUCUGAUCUACUACAGCAUCCUCACUGUAAAUGGGAGAUACUGAGGUUGAUGAAUUGUGGUAUUACAGAUGAAGGUUGUACUGCUCUGGCUUCAGCUCUGAGAUCAAACCCCUCACACCUGAGAGAACUGGAUCUGUCAUUGAACAACCUAAGAGACCCAGGAUUGAAUCUGCUCUAUGAUAGACUCAAGGAUCCUGACUGUAAAAUAGAAACGCUGGGGUUGGGAUAUUGUGGUGUUACAGAUGAAGGUUGUGCUGCUCUGGCUUCAGCUCUGAGAUCAAACCCCUCACACCUGAGAAAACUGGAUCUAAGUGGAAAUAAACCAGGAGCAUCAGGAGUGAAUCUGCUCUCUGAUGGACUGACAGAUCCUCACUGUAAACUGGAGAAGCUGUGGUUGAGUAAUUGUGGUGUCAAAGAUGAAGGUUGUACUGCUCUUGCUUCAGUUCUGAGAUCAAACCCCUCACACCUGAGAGAACUGAAUCUGACUGCAAAUAAUCUAAAAGACUCAGGAGUGAAAAUACUGUCUAAAGGACUGAAGGAUCCUCACUGUAAACUGGAGAUACUAUGGUUGAGGCUUUGUGGUGUUACAGGUGAAGGUUGUCCUGCUCUGGUUUCAGCUCUGAGAUCAAACCCCUCACAUCUGACAGAACUGGAUCUGUCAUGGAAUAACCUAAGAGAUUCAGGGGUGAAGCUGUUCUCUAAAGGACUGAAGAAUCCUCACUGUAAACUGGAGAAACUGUGGUUGAGUGGUUGUGGUGUCACAGAUGAAGGUUGUGCUGCUCUGGCUUCAGCUCUGAGAUCAAACCCCUCACACCUAAGAGAACUGGAUCUGGCAAUGAAUCCACUAGGAGAUUCAGGAGUGAAGCUGCUCUCUGACAGACUGAAGGAUGAUCCACAUUGUAAACUGGAGUUAGUACUCCAGCAUUAGUAGUGAUGAUUAAAAAAUUUCAUAUUUUAACUUAAUUUAGUUUUUUCUUUUUAGGUUACUUUCCUGGUAAUGGUUUCUUACACACUAUAAACAUGUUUAAAGGUGCCCAGAUUGUAAAUUUGAAUUUACCUUGGCAUAGUUGAAUAAUUAGAGUUCUGUACAUGGAAAUGACAUAAAGUGAGUCUACAACACCAUUGUUUCCUCCUUCUUAUGUAAAUAUCGUUCGUGCAAAAGACCACUGAAAAACAGGUGAAUCUCAACAUAACACUUGUAAGCAUUAAAUAAGCCAGUAGUAAUGUUGUGGAGCUGCACAGCCGAAUCAUCAGAAGUUAUGCAGGUAUUGUGAAGCAAGCAAGGACAAUAGCGAAAAUGGCAGAUAGAUCGAUAAUAACUGUUCAUGAUACAUGAUAUCAUGAAAUAUUUAGUGAUAUUUGUAAAUUGUCUUUCUAAAUGUUUCGUUAGCAUUUUGCUAAUGUACUGUUAAAUGUGGUUAGAGUUACCAUGUUGUUAUUUUCACUUUUAAACACUUGUAGUCUGUAUAAUUCAUAAACGCAUCUUCAUUCUUUAUAAAUCUCUCCAACAGUGUAGCUUUAGCCCUGGUAGCCACGCAGCACUCUCAAAAAUCAUUCAGAAUCAAAUGUAAACAUCCACCAAAUACAUGCCAUACUUACAUGAUCUGAUAUGCUGUAUCACAAACACUUUGUAAAGAUCCAUUUUGAGAGUUAUAUUAGCUGUGCGAAAUUAUUCUAUUGUUUAUGCAAUGUUUAAUGGGAGUCGCGAGCUUGGGGGUGGGGAGCACGAGCAUUUAAAGGUGUAUACAAACUGAAUCGGCGCAUUUUUAAUCACAUCCCAAAACAGGCAGUUAAAACAUGGUAUAAUAAAAAAUCUAUGGGGUAUUUUGAGCUGAAACUUCAGACACAUUCUGGGGACACCUUAGACUUGUUACAUCUUGUGAAAUAGUGUUGUAGGGCACCUUUAAUAAGAGUUUGAUUCAUUUAUUUUUUUUAUAAUAGUUCAUGUAAAAAUAUAGGACCUUUAAGUUUUGACUUCUACCAUCGGGGGCUAGUAUCAACAAGCAGUCCAGUAAUUCCUCUUUCAAAAAAGCAGUUUAUUGUCUUCUUUCCUUCGUAAAGCAUACACACAGGGGGGUGCCACUAUUGCAAUUCGAUAGAAAUAAGCACAUUGAAUUAUACAUAAAAUACAAAAGUAAAUAAUACAAAUAAAUGAAUAUUUACCAUAAUUAUAAUAUAAAUAACUUCAUUCAGGGCAAAAUACAAAUUCAAAAUACAAAUGAAAAAAUAAAGUGGACAUAACAGUUUAUAAUAACAAUUAAGUAUCUUCAAGUUUCGCUUUAUUUCAAAACAAUACAAUAUUUUGCAAUAUCAUUGUCUUUUUAUCUCUAAAUUAUGUAUGUUUGAGAAAAAGUCAAUUGCAAUAGAAGAUAAUGGUAAAUAUUUAUAAAUAAUUAAUUUCUUUGUCAUAAAUAAAACUGACCAAAUGUCAUAGAAAGAGGACAGUAAUACAGGAUUAUAGAUAAGAGUCAAGGGUCAUCAUUCAUGGUGAUUUGGAUACAAAAUCAAAAUCUGAAUGUUUAAAAACAGCUUUAAAAAUCAUGUAUCACAGUGUUAUAUUUUAACCUCUCACUUAAUAGUCUAAGUAGUUUCUUUUAGUUGUUUUAAAGUGGAUAAUGCAAUAACGUCACAAACAUUUGACUAUGUUUUUCUUACAGGUUUAGAUGUUAGUCUGAUCAUAGGCGUAAAUCGCGAGGUGUCGGAGUGCUGCCCCAUGCUAAGUAUUGUAAAUAAUAUUAUGAUAUAUACUUAAAAUAACUGUGUAAGUAGUAAAACAAUACAAAUGCAAACGGGCGUGUUAAGUUUAGAAACAUUUUGAGUCCCCCUCCCUUGCUUCACAGUGGUUUGGUCCACUGUGCACAUCACCAACACACACAAGUCUGGCAGGAGAGAACAAAGUUCUUUAGACAGUAGUUGUGGAAAUCCAGUAAGUAGGUUGUCAAGGCUAUUUUAUUCAUUUUAAACAUCAGAUGAAGUGAUUAUUUUCUCUUUAACACAGAUGAUGCUGAGUAAUUAGUCAUGACAAAAAAAAAUGAUGAUAACUGAUGUAUUUUUUCCGUGAGUCCGCUAUGUUAGCGAUUAUAAUGUUACCUAGUUUGUUUGGUGGCUUGUUUAUCAUAGCUUGAUGGAUAGUAAGUCACCCACAACAACUUCAACUAACAUUGUGAUAAGCAUAUGUGUGAACUGUAAUUAGGCUAAUAGAUUUACUGUUGUGUGUUUGGUUUUGCUCAAUGUGUAUUCAUCGUAUUUUGGUGACUUGGUUGUAAAAAACGUAAAAAAUAUUGCAAUAAAUAAGUGGUUUUAAGCAAGAA